AUGUUCCGAUCAGUCGUACGAAACCUAAUUUUCUAUCGGUUGUUUUAUUUUGUGUUUGACAUAGUAACAGCCUUGACACCUAUCUCGAUGCCUCUUCUUUUGUUCUUUUGUAACCGCAAGCUCAAAACUUCCUUCAAAAGGCAAUAUAGCGUACUUCGUAAAAAGAAGAACUCUGCAGUUCAAGCUGUGAGCAAUUUGAUCGGAUUGGACGGCAACAAACUUCAUGUUGAUAGUAGAGAGGAAGCCAACGUUUAUUUCCAACAGCUACAAAAUGCGUGGAAAUAG